UUUACGUUGAGUCACUGGAUGAGAGAGAGAGAGAGAGAGAGAGAGAGAGCGAGAGAGAGAGAGAGAGAGACGUAACUAACAAAACAGCAGCAGAUCUGCGGGCAUAAACAAAUGCACGCAGGCUGUCUGUCCCUCCACCUGCCGCGGGAGACACUUUGAUGGUCGCAGUAGGUUAAAUUAACCGGAUUACCGAGAACCCCGCUCUGCUUUAUUUUAACGUGGACCUCCGACGAUAUCUAUGCAUUAUUUAGACUGAAAUAAGCCAAAAAUGACGGAGCUGAGACGGCGAGGAGGAGGAGGAGACCCUGACAGCACUGAAAACAUCAGUGACAAGGAGGCAGAUGGAGAUGACAAACUCACUUUUCCUGGCGAGGGGGAAGGAGAAAUAGAGGGCGACUCCAAAGCGGACACACCAGACGUACCACCUUCCACAGAUAACACUCCACAGUGUCUCAACAAAGCCCUGGAGGGUUUGUCAUCUAGGUGGAAGAACUGGUGGAUAAGAGGCAUAUUGUCAUUGACAAUGAUCAUUGGCUUCUUUCUUAUCAUCUAUUUGGGACCCAUUAUGCUUAUAUUUGUGGUUAUGGGUGUUCAGAUCAAGUGUUUUCAUGAAAUUAUAACCAUUGGCUACAGAGUUUACCAUUCCUAUGAACUACCAUGGUUUAGGACUCUUAGCUGGUACUUCUUGAUUUGUGUGAACUACUUCUUUUAUGGUGAGACCGUGGCUGAUUAUUUCGGCGCACUCGUUCAAAGGGAGGAACCUUUGCAGUUCCUUGUGCGUUAUCAUCGGUUUAUUUCUUUUGCACUGUAUUUAGCAGGUUUCUGCAUGUUUGUACUGAGUUUAGUGAAGAAACAUUACCGCCUGCAGUUUUAUAUGUUUGCUUGGACCCAUGUGACCUUGUUGAUUGUGGUGACUCAGUCACAUCUGGUUAUUCAGAACCUGUUUGAGGGAAUGAUCUGGUUUAUUGUUCCCAUCUCUAUUGUGAUCUGUAAUGACAUCAUGGCCUACCUAUUUGGCUUCUUUUUUGGAAGAACUCCACUGAUUAAGCUCUCCCCAAAGAAGACCUGGGAAGGAUUCAUUGGGGGAUUCUUUGCAACAGUGGUCUUGAGUUUCUUUGUAAGUCACCAUUAG